UUUAGAUGAGCAUGAAAGUCCAUUGACCAGAAUUUACUCCAUUCAUAUUCCACUAAGCAAGGUAAGUUUCUAAAUAAUAUUGUCGUCGUACCAAACGUACCAAACUAUACUCAUCUAUCUCCCCUCCCCUCCCCACCCUCGAACUACUUUUUCAAAUUCUGAUUAGGGUUUUUGUUUGUUUGUGUGUGGGGUUCAACGUAGUAUGGAAUAGUUCUUCAUUUUUUCAUUAAAGUGCUGUCCCUUUAUCACAAGACCGAUGGGAGCCAUAUGUAACAGAAUUUAUGUGAUGGUGUUAUAGGGCAAGUGGGAUCCAUCAUCAUACUGCAUUAUAACGAGAUAGUAUUAAAAAAAAAAAAAGUGUAGAAACGGGUGCUGCCAAUAAUCUUUAAGGCAAAUGUUUUUUUAGCUGUAUAAAUGGCUUUCUCUCGAUUGACUGAAUUAAUUGGUUUUGUGUGUGUGUGUGUGUUUUAUUUAGUUUUCUUUUUCAACAAUAGCAGACUGAUCUAUAGAUUACCGUAACAUUGCUGUGUUUUGUAUUAAAUGUUUGUAUUGUCACCUUAAAACUGAAUUGUCCAGGUAUAGCUCGUUUUAUAAUAUGGAAUUAUAUGAAAUGAUAAAACCUGAUAUUCUGGACAUAUGGUACGUGUGGGGAGUAAUCACUUGGAUUUUUGUAUUUCAUGAGCAGUGCUUUCAAAAGAAAGAUUAAAGAGAUACUUUUUGUGAUACUUAUACCAAAAUCUGUCUCGGACCAGAAAGGAAAUGCGCGUUUCAAAUACAGUACAGUUGCUUGGAUACACACUUUAUGAAUGUCACGCAAAAAAUAACUAUUGAUAGUGCACGGUCUACAGCUACUAAGACUAUGAAGAUAAAUGCAAAGCUAGAUAUGAUAUGAUAUGUUAAUACGGUUUGACGACAAGAAAUCAUUUUCACAUAAGAGAAACAGCGGAUGUUUACACUAAGAUUUAUCUGCAUGCCUGUUUUUGCCCAUAUGAAUUGUUUUUGGUCGUUUUUCUGCCAUAAUACAUUUUUUAUUAUUAAAUCAAAACAACUCUGAAUCUUCGAGACAAUGAGAGUUAAUAUAUGGUAGAUAACAUCUAAAACUGCAGAUGUUUUCAUACUUAACCCAGUCCAUGUGGAAUUGUGUUUUAUAUAUAGGUGAUAAUCUGAAUUAAAAAAAAUAAAUAAAUAAUCCCCCAAUUGAUUUUUAUUGAUUAUUUUGGUCGAAUAAUUUUUUUUUUUAAAACUAAAAACACACACACAUUGUACUCCUUGCAAGAAUGACGUUCUCAAAAUACCCUUUUUUUCUAAAAAAAAAAAAAAAAAGUUUUGAAUUAGGCUAAUUCUAGUACUCGAAAGAAAAGCAAUAGAGUAUAUACAGUAUGCAUGUCUACAACCAGACAAUAUUGCAAUAGACUGUGGACUAUUAUUUAUUUAAACCCCAGCAUUUGUAAAUCACAUUAACUCCGUCCUGGUCUUGCUUUAUGUUGCCAAUGUAAGACGAUGGCCAUCUGCCACCUAGGGGCGGGCAGUUGCAUUCAGUUUGAAUAAUUCUGGUAUUGACAGACCUGUAUUGACGACUGUCUCGUCCGAUGGAAGAAUAUGUACGCCAGUACAGCAGCUGUAACCACAAACACAGGGCUGCAUAUGAAACAGAAAUCCGGAGUGCAUUGCUGCUGAGCGAAUGACGUUACGUUUCAGGGCUCCGGCAGAAACCGAGAAGCGUUGUAUUUGCUUGGGAGUGAGCCCUGUACACAAUGGCUUCAUGGAGGUUUUGUUGGUGAAACACCCUGGGGGCCUUUUUUGUUUUAGCAAUGUUACGGGGAGCAAUUCGACUGAAACCUGCAGAAGAAAAUGACGGCGCAGAUUCUGGAGCAGAGACUGCAGAAUCAGACUGCAGUAAAAUGUCCUCCACAAGAAGGGACUUCAUAGUUGUGGGGAGCCAGGAUCUGCUUUGGAUGACAAUGCACCUUCUUGCCAACCCUGGAGAAUCCUUCCUUCUGCAGCAGAGCCUUGACCUCCUGCUGAAGUGGGUGAGCCCAGACCUGCACCUGUUCCACGUGUCCGAGUGCGCGACACCAGUGAAACACUGUGAAAAGUACCGCAGGAAGACCUUGCUGUACCCCUCUCUCUCUGUCAUCCUCUUCCUUAACGAGGACUUCGGAGAAGAGCGGAUAUUUCAGCUCCAGGACUUCUUCCAGCGCCCGCCGUGGCAGUACCAUCACAGUGAAAGCGCCAGCGGGAAAAUCCUGCCUUACCUGCUCUCCAGUCAGGAUUUUUACAGUCUGGAUACCCACAUGCCUGUCUGGGCAGUACGGCAGGUCCACUACGGAAACGAGAUCAUCCGCGUUACCCUGUACUGCAGUUACGACAAUUACGAAGACACGGUGCGAAUGUAUGAGACAAUCCUACAGAACGAGGCGAAUGCUCAGAAGAACGGCUUCUGCUAUUUCACUUUGUAUACAGACAAGUCACUGAGCAUUCAGCUGUCCUUGAAACAGCUGUCACCUGGGGUUUGUGUUGAUCUGAAGGAGUCCGCUGUCCUGCAGUUUAGGAUACAAGAGAUCGGCCAACUAGUGCCUCUUCUGCCAAACCCCUGUGCUCCAAUCAGUAGUACAAGAUGGCAAACUAAAGAUUACGAUGGAAACAAAAUUAUUUUUCAGGUAAAGGGAAACCCCCAAUUCCAUCACAAAAAAAGCUCAGCUUUUCAAGUGCACAGCAAGCCUGUCUCCAUGAAUGUGCCGAGAAGCCUAAUGCCCUGCAAUCCGACUGCUUACCAGGAGAAGUGGACCCCACUCCAUACAGAACGAGAGGCCAGUGGGGCGGUCCAGAGACCUGGAAAACACAAGGGUGGUGGCUGUGGGAUAUCCAGUAAAAACGAAGGCUUUUCUUCUGAUAGCUGCUGCAGCACGCCGAGGAGCAGCUCCUGUUACUCCUCCCAGCGAAGCAGCCCUGCCACGCUAUCACAGUGUGAGCUCUCCUGUGAACGCAGAAACACACCGUCGUCUGGGUACAAGCUGCACGAUUCAAAGCUAAAGGCUCCAGAAGAACCGGAAACCAAUGUUGACACAGGGUUUGCAGUGGUAAGCCCAGAAACAAUUGCCAGCCACGGUACAUGCCCCCUUAAUGGAUUUUCAAUACGCACAGGUAGCACAGCAGUGUUAACAAGCACCGGGUCACUGUCUAGUACAUCCUUGAACAGCUCUGCAGUUUCUCCAAGAACUCACAAGGCUUCUCCAUCUGCUUGUAUAGGAACAAACCAGGAAAUAGCACUUCUUCAGAUCCAAGCAAAACAUCUGAAUGUAUUGGAAGACGAAUUCUUUAUCUAAUCUCCCCCCCCCCCAUCCCCUUCCGCUUAUUUAAUAUCCCCACCACACCUCAUUUUAAAUAUGAGUAUUUAGCAAUGAAGAACUGAAAUAAUCAAUCUUCCAAUUUUAAAGGAAGACUUUUUUAUCUGUAUUCUGUAAACUUCUGAGACUGUUUGAUGCACUGUGUGUGUGUGUGU